AUGUCUCAAAAUGGACUCCCACCGCAAGAAGGGUCUUCUAGGGAAAGAGUACCUCAAAAAAAACUAGUCACAACCACUAUAGUCCCGGAAGAACCAGUUAAUUCGCCGAAGGAGAUCUCCUGGAGAUCAUGGCUCGUUGGACUUGUCUGGGAUCUACCGGAUGGGGACACAAAGAACAGACGAUAUGUACGGAAGCUGGAUGCGUUCCUCUUCUCCUAUAUCUGUGUAGCAUACUUCAUCAAGUACUUGGAUCAACAGAACUACAGUAAUGCAUAUGUCAGCGGCAUGAAGGAAGAUCUUGGGCUAUCUGGAAACGAUAGAAAUUGGCUUGGGACCUAUUUCAACCUUGGUAUCAUCGUCGGAAGUAUCCCGAGCCAGCUUAUUCAGAUGAAAUAUGUCCGGUCAUCUAUCUGGAUUCCAUUUUGUGAGAUCUCCUGGUCGGUAUUAGUGAUGGCGAUGGCGGCGGCGAAAAAUGUCCAAACGCUAUAUGUACUUCGCUUUUUCGUCGGAGUUUUUGAAGCGUGCUCAUUUCCGGGCUACUCAGCGCUUUUAGGUGGCUGGUAUGGCCCCAGAGAGCUUAGCAAAAGAGUCGCUAUUUUCGAACAGAGCAGCUCCAUCGCAAGCAUGUUCAGUGGCUACAUUCAAGCUGGGCUAUACAAGAGUAUGAAUGGUGCUCGUGGAUUAGCCGGCUGGAGAUGGCUCUUCAUUAUUGAUGGAGUCAUUUCAAUUCCAGUUGCGCUGGCGGGUCUGUGUAUGAUUCCAGAUCUUCCCCACACCACCAGAGCUUUCUAUUGGUCUAAAGCUGAAAAAGAAUAUGGCGUUGAACGUAUCGAAAAAAUUGGUCGGUCAGCCCCCCGUCCCUUCACUCUCAAAGGUUUCUGGGCAGCCAUGACGAAUUGGCGCCUAUGGGCAUUCCUGCUCCCUUAUGUAAUGGUCGCCGAGGCUAGCACCUCAACAAGCUAUUUUAAUCUUUGGCUUCAGGAUAUCGGUUACUCGGUAUACGAUGUGAAUGUUCUACCCACUGCCGGCAAUGCACUCAGCAUCGUGGUAUCCGUCAUAUUGGGAAUUGUCGCGGAUCGAACAGGACAGCGGAUGCUUAUUCUUAUAAUCAUCGAGGGCAUUGUCCUUGUAGCCAAUAUUCUUUUAUCCGUCUGGCAUAUUCCCAAUUCUGCAAUAAUGGCUGCCAACUAUUUGGCCUACUUUGGAGCGGCUGCUCAGCCUAUCAUUAUUGCAUGGGGGUAUCAGCUGAAUGGAGGCGAUCCAAACCUGUUUCCACUUCUCGUUGCAACAGGAAAUAUUUUCACUUACACUUUCUCUAGUUUCCUGCCUUUAUACUUGUUUCCAACUGGUGAUGCCCCCCACUAUAAAUACGGCUAUCAGAUUUUGGUUAUGUUUGGCUUGGUCUCCAUUAUAGGGGCAUUUAUACUUCGAUAUCAAGAGAAGAUGUUGAAAUAG